GAUCAAGGGCUUCUUAACUUGUACUUUUCCGACUGGGCUUAUAAGGAUAUUAACAAGCAUUUACCUUUUAUUUAUAAUAUGUGCUCAACCGCAUGUUACUCGUAUCUGCCAGCUUUUAAACAGUUUGGUUCCAACGUGAAAAUAGUUCAUUUUAUUGCCCAAACAAAACCUUGGUUGCAAAUAUUCGAUCCUGAAACUAGACAAGUGAGACCAAGCCCAGAUUUGGUACAUUUGACUAGUCUUCUACAACGUUGGUGGAACAUUUUCUGCUCUGCAAUUCACCCACAGUUAUCUACUGAGAUGGCACCAAGCAAGCAGCCUUCUGCACAUAGCAGCCUAUCUCAUUAUUCCAGUCCUAAACAAUUUCAAAAUACUAAUGAACCUACUCAACAAGUUGUUUGGGAUCCGUGGGAAGAAUAUGAUAAAAAACAGCUGGAAGAAACUAUUAAUAUCGAUAACAGUCAAAAUAUUUCUAUUCAAAAUCAUGAUCUCAAUGUUGAAAACUAUUCUGAAAAUAACAACCAAUCUUGGGACAAUUUUCAACAUUAUAACUUAGCGACAGAACAAAAUAAUUUAGAAAACAAAAUAGCUGAGUGUAAUCCUAGCGAGAGUAUAACAAUUUCAUUUAAUAUUGGUCCCAAUAGCUCAAGAGAACCUAGUCACUCUUUUCCCGUCGAGUAUUGUUCUGAAGAAAUUAAUGUUUCAACAAACGAAACUGUCUAUACGAGUAUUAGCAAUAACGAAUCCGAAUAUUUGAAUUUUCCUAGUAUUCCUACUUAUGAUAACAACGAAAUAAAUAUAUCGCAUUCUAACAAUAGCUGUAUAGAAAGUAACAAUCGAAAUAGUAACAAUUUCGAUGAAAAUGUAAGUCCGAACAUUGAUAAGGUCGUCGUUCCUAUUCCCCAACCUAACACCUAUAGUAACACUAGCAUUUCUUCCGAAUGUGUUGCCAAUGAGUUUGAACGCCCAUUUUGCGAAGCAGCUAGCUCUGUAACCAAAGAAAAUGCUAUACAUCCGAGCGGAGCAGGUGAAACAGUUGAAGGUGGAUUUGCUGGGGCAUUUGCUAGACUGACUUUAGGAGAACCGAGAUCUGCCGAGCAAUCUGCUUUAGAAGAUCAACUUCGAAGACAAGGAUGGGAAAUAGGUAACAUCGAUUACAUGAAUAGAGAUGCUUUCGGUAAUAUCUGGAACAAAAUAUGUGAAACAUUGGCAGGUGCUCCAAACGCAAGUAACGAUGAUAACAGUGCUAAACAAAGUAGAAAUGAAUUAGAGAAAAAAGAAACAGAAAAAUCAAAUGAAGGGCUAGUACAGGGAGAAGAUAAAUUCAUUUCAGAACAGUCUUUACAGAGGACUCUUCAAACACCAGUUUCUGAAACAAAAAUGUUAGAUGAAGUUGCAAAAGAGAAAUUGACAGAAGACAUUAUUAGUUCCAGUCUUGAAGUUGCUGAUAAGCAGACAACUGAAAUACUUGAAUCUCUAAAAGUAGAGUCUGUAGGAAAACAAGAAACUUCACCUGAAUCUUCACCUUUAAUAUUACUAAGUGAAAAAAUUGUGGAAGUUCCAGUAAAAACAGUUGAAACUGAAGUUAUGGUAGAAGAAAAGGUAGUUGGUGGUGAAGAUAAAAAAAAUGAAACAACUGAAGCAAAAGUAGAAGAGAAAAGGGUCGGAAAUGAAACAAAAGUAGAAGAGAAAAAAAUCGAAAAUGAGCCAAAAGUAGAACAAAAAAAAAUUGAAAGUGAACCCAAAGAGGAGAAAGAAAAUGAAAAUGAGUCGAAACUAGAAGUGAAUAAAUUUGAAAGUAAACCAAAGGUAGAAGAAAUUAAAACCGAAACCGAACCAAAGGUACAUGACAAGGAACCAAAAGUAGAAGAAAAAGUAAUAGAAUUAAAAGAAGUGAAAACGAUCGAAAGCGAACAAAAACUAGAGGUAAAAAUGGCCAAACCUGAACCAAAUGAAGCGGAAAAAAACAUUGAAGUUGAGCAGAAGACAGAGGUAAAAAUGGUCAGUCCCGUUACAGUUCAACCCGAGAAGUCGGAAAUACUUGAGCAAAGUAAUCUUACUUCAACAGAAAUUAAAACUGAAGAACCAGUACUUACCGAACCAACAAAAGCAAAUGUUUCAACUGUUUCUACUAAUUCUGCAGAGCUGGAUUCAAAACUAGCUAGUUCAGAACAUCUACAAUUGUUAAAUGAAAGCAAAGUUGUAUCUUUAUCAACUCCAGAAAUAAAUAUGCAAAGUGAUACAAAAAAAAAUGAAACUAACUCUCAGACACAACAAAGUGAGCAAGCAGGACAAACUGCCCCUGAGGUUGUUCAGACCCACAUGGAGGGUUCACUAGAAAAGAGUCAGUCAUCAAAUAUUCAGCAGGAAAUUAGCAAGCCAGAAAGUGUUAUUCCUGCAGAAACAGAAAAAACUGUUGAAACUGAGACUAAACAAAUAGUUCUUGAAAAGGAACCUGAACCUGCAACACAAGCUACACAAAGUCCGUCUCAAGGUACUGCCGAAAAUGUUGAGUCUAAAAAAACAAAGGAAACAAAGCCACAAAAGGAUAAAGGUAGUGGUAAAAAAUCUUCAAAGACAAAGAAAUAAAAAAGUCCUAUUAACUCAGUUAACGUUGGUUGCUAAUUUUAAUACGUAAGAAAUGUGGUGUGACUUAACAUUGUGUAUAAAACAGUAUUUUACAUGUCAUUGGCAUAUUUUACCACAGGACUGCUACUAUUGGUAGCCAAGUUCAGCUAUUAAUUUUCAUAUAUUGGAUAAAAUAUGAUUGAAAUUAAAAAACUUAUACUAAAUUUUGAACGACCCAUUAGUCAUUCCAACUGCCGAGUUUAUUGUGAUUUUUAAUAUUGCAUUAAAUAAACUUUUUACAUACAGAAAUCAAAAAACAGUGCAAUACUCUAAGUAUUGUUUUUAUGUUAGCUAAACUUCGCUAGCUGUUGAGUAGCCAUCAUUUUUAAUUUUAAGAAAAUUGUGAUGCCACUUUGCACAAAUUAUUGCUCAAAAAUUUUCGCUUUGUUUUAUAUAUAUUUUUUCUUCCUUCAAUUAAUACGACAAAUAAUUAAGUAACUGUGUUCCUACAGAAAAUUUUAUAUAGCAGGUAAUAUUUUUUCAUGCAUUUAAAAAGAAAUUGAAGUAGAAAUUAAAUGCAGCGUUUGGGAGUGUUUGAGUGUGAAUAUAAAAAUUUAAAUAAAUUUCAACUUUUGAAAUGAUAAUAGGAACUGAUAUAUUUUCUUCUUAAUCGAAGAAAAGUGCAAGUAUAGCUUCCACCAAUUGCCUUCUCAUUUUGUAUUUUGCUAAAAUCAUUUACAAUUACACAAUAAAGGACUGUUAGGAAAA